GAUAUUGCUUUCAUGAGUCAGGAUAUUGGUUUAAUGGAUAGUGAAACAUCAGAUAAUGAGACAUACAAUUUUUCACCUCUUUCUCAGCUUGAAAAUCUUCAAUUUGUCAUUCUUUCUAAUAAUGACAAUAAAAACGAUAACAUGAAAAGUGAUAAAGAUUAUAAAACUGAGGAAGAGAGUGAAGAAGAAGAUAUAAUAAAUUUCGAUAUACCUGAUACGAAUAUAUUUAUUCUAUCUGAAAAUUUGAAAUUAGAUGGGUCAAUAGAUAUAUCGCUCAUAAUAAAUCAAUAUAGAAGAGUAAGAAUAAGUGAUGAAGUUUUCAGGUCUACCUUUUCUAAAUGGCAUAAAAAUUCUUCAAGAAUUCUUGCAAAGUUUGCUGAAGAUGGAGAUGUAAUCACAUAUUCAGAUGAAAAAUUAAGAUAUCAACUUAGUAUCAGCAAAAAUGAUGAUAAACUUUGUAACGUGAAAUUAUGGAAUAAUGAUUUUUAUGAUUUAGAUCGUAAUUGCAUAAUUCCUGUGUAUAACAUACUGGGAAGAUUUGUUGCUAGUACUUUUACGAUUAGAUUGAGAAAACCUCAGAA